GGGGCCUCUAUCGGGGUCUCUAUCGAGGGGUUCGAAAGCCGUUAAACUAUGUCCGGGUAGUCACAGAGCUGUCCAAGGGAAAACGUUGAGAUUGGGCCAAGAAAUGAGGAUUAGACUUGACGCGGGUAAGGAUGGAUCCAUGAAAAGCAUAAGGGGCAGCCUCGAAACAGUGGGCCUGCAUCAUGAAAAAAGAUCUGUCCACAAGAAUAUUCAUCUGGACUGUCGGACCCUGAAAGCAAUGCUACUUGACCUAUAAAUCUCCUACGCGGCUUUUAUUCUUCCUGGAAUCAAUUGAACUUAGAUACUACCGGCGCCUCUACCACAACACUUCGCAUGGUAAUCUUGGACGUCUACUCGAUCAAAGAUCCGUCGACAAGUCUUCCACCCAGAAAUUAUCCGCUAGUGCAGUCUCAUCCUCUGUGAUGAAAGAUUCUACGACAGUAGAAAUGCCUCCGAGCCAAGAUGUUCCGGACAUGAAAGUUCUUCGAAGUCUCAUACCAAAACACUGUUUUAAGUCCUCAUUCGUACGGUCUAUGUCCUAUGUUAUUCGAGAUAUUAUUUUAAUGAGCAUGCUGUUCUACGCCGGUUUGAAGCUCACAUCUCUGGCUCCAUCGAUAUCGCGCGCUGCCAUGUUGACUGCAUACGGAUUCACUCAGGGCCUCGUUUUCACUGGAAUUUGGAUCUUGGCACACGACUGUGGCCAUGACUCGUUCUCACCGAACAAGAAGGCCAACUCCGUGGUUGGCUUCGUCCUGCAUUCCAUACUACUCGUGCCGUUCUUCAGCUGGAAGUAUAGCCAUGCGAGGCAUCAUCGAUACACGAACCAUAUGGAGAAAGACACAGUCUUCGUGCCGCGCAGGGAGUCGGACCAGCGCAAAUCGCUCCUGUCGAGGUCGUUAGAGCUUUUAGGCUAUGCAGAGGAUGCGCCGGUCGUAAAUGCUGGGACUUUGGUUAUCCAUCAGCUCUUUGGUUGGCCGGCGUAUAUCCUGCUCAAUGCUGGGGGUGGGCAGCGGAGUUUGGUGACAUCGGACAGAUCGAAGUCAUUGCGACAAAGUCACCUGGAUCCUGGUGCCGAUCUGUUCUCGACGGCCGAACACCCGUUUGUAUUCCUGUCUAAUGUGGGUAUUGCGGUGGUUUUUGUAGCAUUGUGGUUUGCCGCAAAUGCUAUUGGCGCCUACAACGUUUUCCUGCUUUAUGGAAUUCCGUAUCUGUGGAUGAAUCAUUGGAUCGUCGCAAUUACGUAUCUGCACCACACCCACCCUGAAGCGCCUCGCUACGAGCAAGAGUCGUGGACGUUUCAGAAGGGUGUUCUCGCAACAGUUGACCGUGAUUUCGGGUUUAUCGGACGCCACCUCUUCCACGGUAUCAUUGAAUACCACGUCAUCCACCACAUGUUUCCACGUAUUCCCUUCUACCAUGCUCAAGAAGCAACAGAAGCGAUCAGUCCUUACCUAGGCAAAGCCUAUAUUCGGCAGAAAUCGUCUUUCAUCGGAGAUUUGUGGACGACAUACUCGACAUGCACUUACGUGGCUGAGAGAGAGAAAGCCUCGGGUGAGGUUUACUGGACGAGUGCAAGCCUUAAAGCUGCCGCCCCCAUUCGCUAGGACUGACGGUCAAACGUGUUGCCUUCUAAGUUACUAUUAUAGAUUAUAGAGAGCGGUGUAUACAUUUCGGCUCACAUGUUCUAAGAAAUAGGACAAAUAUAGAAUUCUAACUUUAUAGAGAGCUUGGGUGCCGCACGGGAAGCAGCUCUCCGACAUUCUUACUUAUAUAGACGUACUCUUCACGGUUAUGUCUACGUUUUGGUAGAUAUAGAGC